GGAGAACUAUGAGACGGUGACCUCGCUGGGAUUUGCAGUUCCCAAACCUGAUCUGAUCUCCCGGCUGGAACAAGGGGAAGAGCCGUGGGUCCCGGAUCUCCAGGCCUCUGAGGAAAGGGAGAGCCAGAGAGGCACCCGCACAGGCGAUGAGACAGUGAGUGAGAACGAAGAGGAGAAUCGUCAAUCUGAAGGUCCUGAGCAAAUGGAACCCCUGGGGACCGUUAUUAAAACAGCUGAUGGGAAUUUUUCCCAGUUCUUGGAACAGGGGGAAGCCUGGGGAAAUUGGCACAGGUCAGAGAAGCAGCUGGGAGACCACCCAAGGAAGAAAGGGGAUGAAUCCAUUGAACGUGGGGCAGGAUGCACAGAUCCUAAGGAAACUACAGCCCAGCAGACAAAUCCCAAGGAGGAGAAACUCUAUAAAUGCCUCGAAUGUGGGAAAAGCUUCAGUGUGAGAACCAACCUUAUUACGCAUCAGAGAAACCACACCGGAGAGAAGCCCUAUAAAUGCUGGGAGUGCGGGAAAAGCUUCCAUCAGAGUUCAAGCCUCACUAAACAUCGGAGAAUCCACACGGGAGAGAGACCCUAUGAAUGCCUCGACUGCGGGAAAAGAUUCAGUGUGAGAACAAACCUUAUUACGCAUCAGAGACUGCACACGGGAGAAAAACCCUAUAAAUGCUUGGACUGCGGGAAAAGCUUUAGUCAGAGCGCCAGCCUUACCAAUCAUCGGAGAAUCCACACAGGAGAGACACCCUAUAAAUGCCUCGACUGUGGGAAAAGUUUCAAGGUGAAAACCAAUCUGAUUACACAUCAGAGAAACCACACGGGAGAGAAACCCUACACGUGUUCGGAAUGUGGGAAAAGUUUCAGCCAGAGCUCAAGCCUCACGAAACACUGGAGAAUCCACACGGGAGAGAGACCCCAUACAUGCCUAGUGUGUGGGAAAAGUUUUAGCGAGAGCUCAACACUUAUUAAGCAUGGGAGAGUCCAUACGCGGGACAGACCCUAUGAGUAACUCGAGCGUGGGAAGAGAUUGAAUGAAAGAUAAGCCAUUGUUGCACAUCGGGGAACCCACACAGGAGAGAAACCCCAUAAAUGCUUGGACUGUGGGAAAAGCUUCAGUUGCGGCUGAAACCUUACGAAACAUCAGCGAAUGCACAAGGGUGGGAGACACUAGAAAUAACUCGACUAUGGGAAAAGAUUCAGAGCUCAGACAUGAUUACACAUCAGAUAAUUCAUGAGAGAGAGAAAGACCUUCAAUGUGGGGGAAGCGUCAACUGGUGCUCCUACAGUAGCGAGCAUCAUCAAAUGCACACAGAGAAGAGUCCUGUUGGAGCAUUUUGAAAGCUGAAGACAUCUACGUGUAGCUAGUUCCAUGUUGGACAUCAGAAACUCCUCCACACGGCAGGGAAAUUCUCUCAGGGCCCUG